AUGAUAUUUAUCAAGAUAUCAUUAGAAUUUAUACCUAUCUAUUUAUUGAAACAUGCGAAGAAGGAAACCUAUUAGUCAAUAUUAAGAAGACUAACUAUAUUGAAAGUAGACCUAACUCAUUUUUUGAAAACUUGGGGUUAAAUAAAGUCGAAUCUUUCAAAUAUCUGGGAAUUAGAAUAAACCAAAGAAGAUAUAUUACUGACCAAUACAGAUGUAUAAAGAAAGCUGUUAUCGGGAGAGUAAGACAGUUAAUUAAUGAUUAAAAUGCUCACUAAAUUAUGGAUCUUGUGCAUGUUCUAGCAACCUCGCUAUAUGAUUCCAAAAGACAAGUCAGAUAAAAAAGUAGCAGACUCUCAAAAGAACUUCCUUUAAAGCAAUGUUAAAAUUAAAGGAUAUUUCCCAAUAGAAGUCCUAGAUACGAAAGUCCGACUAAUGGAAACGGACUUCUAAUUAGAGAAAUAGAUUUACUACAGAUAAAUUGGAAUUAUUCUGAGAAUUUCCGAGAAAACAAGAAUAAUCUCUUUAGAAUGA